UGGGUGAGCGCGGCGGAGAAUUUCGAAUGUGGUUGAAGCGGUCAGCGGCUUUGAGAGAGGGUCCCUGAGACUAAGGGGUCUCGGAGCUCGGGACGCGCACGGCCGGACAGCCUCGCGGAGCCUUGGAAUGUGAAGAGGAGGGCGACAGCUGUGGCAGAAGCCAUUGCCAAGUCCUAGCAGAAGAUGGCCAAGGAACGAUGCCUCAAAAAGUCCUUUCAAGAUAGUCUUGAAGACAUAAAGAAACGAAUGAAAGAGAAAAGGAGUAAAAACUUGGCAGAGAUUGGCAAACGAAAGUCUUUGAUAGCUGCACCAUGCCAAAUAAUCACCAACACUUCUACACUGCUAAAAAACUACCAAGACAACAACAGAAUGUUAGUCUUAGCUUUGGAAAAUGAAAAGUCCAAAGUCAGAGAAGCCCAGGAUAUCAUCUUACAGCUGAGGAAAGAAUGUUACUACCUCAUGUGUCAGCUGUACACACUGAAAGAAAAACUGACUUCACAACAGACAGAAGAACCUACUCAGGACCAGGAAGUAUGUCCCUCUGGAAUGGACUCCAGUAGCGACAGCGACUCCAGGAAUUUACUCGUGGAGGAUUUACCGCAAGUUCCUCUUCAGGACGCUGACUUUCCAGGACAAGAAGAAUUGUUCCAAAUAGAAGAGCCAACACCUACUACUUCUCAAGACAGACUGGGAUUCGAUUUGGAUUCAGGUGAAGAUAAGUCAACUGAUAAUGUCUUACCUAGAACUGUAUCUCUCCGUCGCAGUUUAAAGAAACAUGUCAACAAUCCAUGUCAGUUCAAUGCCUUGGAUGGUUUUGGAAUCAGUCAUUUGUCAGAGCAGUCUUUGGAAUUGGAAAGAAUUAGAUUUGUAGACUCACCAGUAAACACGCACAUACCUGAAAAUGUAGAACAAAAUUUUUAUCGAUGGAACAAGGAUCAAAUUUACUUAUCAACAAGGCUAAUUCACCCAGGACAAUCUACGAAAACAAAAGAAGACAUUUUAGAGUAUAAAUUAGACCAAACUAAAAGUAAGCACAGAGCUGCCCAAGGAAGAAAAAGAGAAGAGAAAAGAAAAGUUAACAAAAGGAGAAAAUCAAAAUCUGUCUCAAAGUAUAAAGGGAGCAAAAGUGAAUAUAAAAAAACCGUUUCCCAAAAAAAGUUGGAUAAAUCUGUCACCUCCAGUGAUGCUUACAAUUUUAAUUUGGAAGAGCGUGUUCAUCUCACUCCUUUCCGACAAAAAAUGAACAAUGAUUCUAAAAGAGAAGAAAACAACAAUGAAUCUGAAGUGAGCAUCUGUGAAUCAAGUGGUUCAGGAGAUGAUUCUGAUGACCUCUAUCUGCCCACGUGCAAGUACAGUCAAGAUCUCACCAGUGAAUCGGAUAGGAGUCCAGUCACCAGGCCUCGAUCUAAAAGAGCACUGAAACAUAGGGGUGAAAAGGAGACAGAAGGUUCUGAGCCAACAAAAACUCCUCCUAGUGCACUACCUGAAACUCACCAGUCACCUCAUUUUCACCUGAAGGAUAUCACAAAUGUCCCCUUGUAUCCUGUAGUGAAAACCAGAAAACUUUCUCUUUCUCCAAAAAAGAAUGUAGAAAGCCCACCAGUGUCUUUGCGUAAACGUAGGUGCACAGCCAGUGUGAACUAUAAGGAACCCACGCUCGCUUCGAAACUGAGAAGAGGGGACCCUUUUACAGAUUUGUGUUUCUUGAAUUCGCCUAUUUUUAAGCAGAAAAAGGAUUCCAGACGCAGUUCUAAAAAAAAAAAAAGCAUGAAGCAAGUACAAUGAAGUGUUUGUUGGAUGUUGUUUAAAUUCAUCCUACACCCUCUUCUGUGGUGCCGAGAGAAUCUGUAAGAUAGUGUUCAAGUGGGUUGAACUACUGCCAUAGAAUAUUCUCUUGACAGGACUCUAGAUCGUGAACAUUUCUUCAAAACUAUGCUUCAAAUGUGAUGGUUUUUCUUAAACCUUUGAUACAUUUGGUUUAUUUUUUCUUUUAGGUAUAAAUAAUUGGACUUAAGCACUAUAAUAGUUCAGAUUUUUUUAUACUGUCUAAUUUUAGUCAAAAUGUAUUGUAUACCAACAUUUGGAAAUUAAUGUUUCUUCAAAUUAAGAUGUUUUAAUUAUAAGGCAUCUUUAUUUUUCCCUUAUGUAGGUAAUACUAUGAUUGAAUGAAUGAUUUUGAAUGAAUGAUUUUUGAAGACAGGCUGAGGAUCUUUUGAAACUCUUUGUACGAUAUUUGAACAAAAUAAAUCCUUGUCAUUCACAGUAGGGUGUACCCUAAGCUGUUUGUGGAUCCCUUAUACUAUAGUUGUAUUUGGUUUUUCAGGUAAAAUGUGUAUUAGAUCAUGAUUAGAGAAUUGAUGGUUGCUUAGGCUCAGGGACCAGGUAAGUGGCUAGCUCUGAACCCCCAGCUCCAGGUGUACCUUGUUCAAAGGGAUACCUCAGCAAAAUCACAAAGUAUUGUGUCAUGGCCUUUCAGCAUAGUUACUUGUUCAGUCAAAAAUGCCAAAUGUUAAAUGUGUGAAUGCCAAGGGCUUUUUUGUAUUUUUGAUCAGUUCCUAAGGCCAUGGCCGGUGGCACCGCCAGUGACAGAAGUGAGGGAUGCUCGAACUUGCGGAAGCCAUGAAUUCGCUCAAGCUAGGUCUUCAGACAAAGUGAAGCCGGUUUGCAACCAAACAAACCUGGGACCAGGCUGUAGAGAGCAGACUGUGGCCAGAGCUGGAGUGGGUCUAGGCUGGCUUAAACUCUGCUCCAGCCUAACAAGGAAAAGCCAGCUGGUUUUGGGUCUCUGCCUUUGCCUUUGAAUCGUGAUGCGACUUCUUUUCCCCAAGGUUCCUAAUUAAAGAGUAAAAUUUUAACUAGUUUAAAAAAAAAUUAAUUCAGUGAGAGGGAAUUCGUUCAGUUCUGAGAGUUUGAAGCCUACAUUUGUAUAUACCUCUGUAAAAUUUAAAGUUACUCAUUUUUAAAGAGCAAUAAAGUUUGUAUAAGAUAGUGCUUGUGUUUUUCUUCCGUUCUUUAAGUAUCAGAGGUAGCGUAUCUCCCUGGUCGUCUUUCUCUCCAGCCUUCACCACUCUCGCCCUUGUUGGACAUUUCUCUCCCAAACCUUGGUUUUCUCUGUAGUCCUCGCCCCCAUACGUCUCUUGUCUUUCAGCUUCUCAUUGUGGAACUGCCCUGUCCAUGAUCAACAAUUUCUGUUUUACUGGGUGACUCUUCUAACCCUGACCUCAAGUUUUCUUGAGUGCAUCUCCACAUCUUCCU